CUGAAACCAAGGUAAUUACCUAAACUCUAUAAAAUAAGUUCUAGAAAACAGUGAGGACAUUACUUACAACUUUCAGCAGUACACAAGUAUGGUAAUGGGACAUAUAGUAUUGGCAGUGAACUUAUUUUUUCUUUUGAAGGAAUGUUCAGGAGCUGUUUUAGAAGGAACAAAUACACAAUCCGUACAACCAGCCAGUUUUCCAGGACAGUAUAUUGUGGAAAUGAAAACUUCACUUACCGAUUCAGAAGCACUGAGUGUGUACGACAGCAUGAAAGUAGACGCUUCUAUGUACGGUUGUAAUCCUAGUACACAGCGUGAGAUUUAUAAUGAAAAGACGGCUUCACUGCAGACAUUCACGAGACUCUACUUCAUCGAAUGCAUGGAUGAAAGGUACAUUAAGGAGAUAGAAAAGAACACGAAUGUUGUCAGUGUCAAUCCUAAUAUAGUGAUACAGGGUCUAGCUGAACAGUGCAACAAUAUUGACGCUUCCCAGAAUUGGGGACUUGAUAGGAUUGACCAAGCUGGCCCAAUGAAUUCACUUUACAAGGCUGAAUAUGAUGAACUUUUGGGGUGUGAUUCGGUAGACGUAUAUGUUCUUGAUACGGGGAUUUUUGAUCAACAUCCAGCAUUUGCCACCUACAAUAACAUCGAUUCGCUAUAUGAUGUAGUUACUCAGGAGUCAAACGCUUACGAUUUCACGUGGAAUUCUCAUGGUACUGCGAUCGCAGGUCUGAUUGGUGGGGAAUUUGGCGCUGCACCAGGGGCGAGGAUACAUGCAAUCAAAAUAUUUGAUGAGUGGGGCUACGGCACAUUUGCUACACUCAUAGCUGGCCUUAAUCGUGCGCAUGAUAUGAUUGUCGCAUCGGGCCGAAAGAGCAUUGUCAACCUAUCCAUUGGAGCACCGAAUGCACAAAACUCAAAUUUAGAGAAUAUUGUUGCUAAGCUGAUAACUGAAGCGAAUGCCGCAGUUACCAUUGCCGCAGGAAAUUGGGGUAACCUUGCUUGUCAUAAUACUCCAGCCCGUGUUCCAGAAGCUCUUACAGCUGCAGCGUCUAAUGUAACUGACAAACUUUGGCCGGACUCGAGUUACGGCAGCUGUGUCGAUAUCGUCGGACCGGGUGUGAACGUUUUGGUCCCUUGCUAUUACGGUGGAUUGACAUACUGCUAUAAGAACGGUUCAUCCAUAGCAACCGCAUUGGCCUCUGGUGCUAUGGCGGGUUACUGGCAUGUAAAUCCUGAUAAAACUAAUAUUGAGGUGAUGGAUUGGGUAAUUAGUGGCGCUACAAAUGACAUUUUUGAUGAAACUACAUUGUUAGGAACCCCAAACAAAUUUCUCAAAACUCGAGGAUGCCCCAACUAGACCAGAUUAGCAGUUCUAUGAGGAAUACGGACGCCCUCUUUUUAUUGAUUAGUCCCACCAUCAAUGUACUUGUGUAGUGUUUGCGAAAUAAAAGCAAGUUGUUAUAUCGACA